UGUUUGUUCCGCACAAGGUAGCAGAGAAGCAUAUAGCCACGUUUUCUCCAGAGACUUUUAACUGUUUAAACCCGCUGGCGAGGUGAUCGCGGUUGCUCUGUCUAAAGUGGCUAGGAUGAGCGACCUGAAAAUGGUCCUAGAGUCCUCUUUGAAUGAGAUUUUUAAAGCGACUGUGAAUGACAUCCUGAACUCAGUGGACCAGACAUUGUCCGAGUACCAGGGCACAAUACAGAGGAUUGAGUCUGAAAACGAGGGCCUGAAGAGGCUGUUGUUUGCACAGCAGAGCACACAGUAUGUUGGAGAUACAUGUGAGCAAGAUACCACUGAACAAUCUUCUCCAAAAUGGAAUAAUCAUCCUAUCAGCUCCACCCAGUGUUUGUUCAAGAUGUCCAUAUGUAACAGCAACAAGAAAAGCUUCAGGAGAAAGUGUAAAAGCAAGAAGAAGGACAGUUUAUCCUCUGCCCUCUUUUCUCUGCAGACAGAUCAAACAGAACAACCAUGUGUGAACACAUCCACCAGAAUGCCAGUUUUAGUCCAAGUCAAACCUGAAUCGGAUGAAAGCAGUACCUGUGACCUUUCCCAAUCGGCUCCUGAGCCCUCACAGGUCAGUGCCCCCAGUCAUGAUGCAUACGCAAAUGUGCUGCCACCUGUAGGCCCUGAACAAGACUGUGGAAGUAGUGAAAGUGGUACUAAAGUCACCAUUGUUUCUGACAGCUACAUGCAAGAUGGACAUUUCAUCAAGACAGAAGAAGAGGAAAAUGGAGCUCUGCAAUAUAGUGAAAGUGAUGGUAUGUCUCAGCAAGAAUCAAAGCAUGAAUCGAGAUCUUGUGAAGAAUCUGAAAUGGUUGAUGAGGGAGGGAGCAGACAGGAUGGGGAGCUGGAAGGAGCCACUUCUAAGCAAAAUGAUUCACCUGCUGCAGAUGAUGAGGUGUUAAAAAUUUGUGACAAUAUUUUGCGCUGUCCUGUCUGUCCCGAGACAUUUAGUCAAGCAGCCCCACUAAACAUCCACAUCAACACUCAUGGCAGGGAGAAGUCUCACAGCUGCAACAUUUGUGGAAAACAAUUUAAGAGAGCACAUCAACUUAAAGUCCACAAUUACACCCACACAGGAGAGAGGCCAUACAGCUGCAACAUCUGCGAUAAAACAUACGGCUAUCCCAGUCAGCUCAGAGUACAUAAGCGUACACAUACUGGAGAAAAGCCGUAUUCCUGCUCGCACUGUGGGAAAUGUUUCAUUGUCAGCGCCCAGCUCAAAAUCCACCUGCGGACUCACACUGGGGAAAAGCCUUACAGCUGUAAUCAUUGUGGAAAAACAUUCAGCAACACAAAAACGAUGCGCAUACAUGAGAGGAACCACACUGGUGAGAAGCCGUAUAGCUGUGCUCAGUGUGGCAAAACGUACACCAGCUUGGGUGACCUUAAAAUACAUAACCGGAUCCACACUGGAGAGAAGCCAUACAGCUGUAAGCAGUGUAAGAAGACCUUCAGCCAGGUAGGCCACCUCAGCAUACACAUGAGAAUGCACACAGGAGAGAGGCCGUACAGCUGCGAUGUGUGUGGUAGGAAGUUUGCAGUGACCAGCAGCCUUAAACAGCACCAAAAAACUCACACUGGAGAAAAGGAGUACAGCUGCUCGUAUUGCAGCAAGAGCUUCAGCAGGUCUGCUCACCUGCAGAGACACGAGAUGCGCCACACCAAAGAGAAGGUGAUACUGUGUGGCUACUGUGGGAAGACCUUCAAUGAUGAGACUGACCUUAAAAGGCAUCUUAAGCUACAUGCAGCAAAGGAGGCACAGAGUAAAGGAGGUACUAAUAAAGACUGAAACCAACACAGCUCAAGCCUCAGCAUCUGCAACACUAUCAGACAGGAUAGAGGUUAAAGCGUAAUAAGUUGGAGGUGAGUGAUUUAAAGGUUUGGGAAUGAGUGAUGUUUGGAAUAUAACGUAACAUCAAGGUCCACUUUGUGGCUUUUUUUCAGAGCCUUAAAACAUAUCUUAGGAUUACUGUCUAAUGCAACAACAGAUAGAACCGAUGACAUCCUUUUUGCACAGUGGACCAUUUGUCAUUCAAUAAAAGGGAUCUGCACUUAC